UAAAUACUACCAAUAGAGGUCGCUUGAAACCCCAAUCUUAAUUGCGAGUCCCACUUUGUCGUAUUUUCAACGUUUAUCGCCUUUAGAUAACAUUUUCAACGUCCAUAGGUCAGGUCAGGUUUAUAAAAGCACGGUUCCCAACGGUGAUUGAGCACUUUUUGCAUUCGUUUGCUGUUAGUACCAUAGUUUACGAUGAGUGGUGAUCAGCUGAGGUUUGAUGGACGUGUCGUGGUUGUUACCGGAGCCGGAGCUGGUCUCGGAAGAACCUACGCACUUUUAUUCGCUUCCAGAGGUGCUAAAGUCGUCGUUAACGACUUAGGGGGUGGAAGACACGGCGAUGGAAAAUCUUCAAAAGCCGCCGAUGAUGUUGUGGCUGAAAUUAAAAAAGCAGGUGGAACCGCUGUUGCUGACUACAACUCAGUUGUAGAAGGAGAAAAAGUUAUUCAAACUGCUUUGGAUAAUUUUGGACGUGUUGAUGUCUUAAUCAACAACGCUGGUAUCUUAAGAGAUAAAUCUUUUGCAAGAAUUUCAGACCAAGAUUGGGAUCUUAUCCAAGCUGUUCACUUAAAGGGGGCUUUCAAGACAAGUCAAGCUGCUUUCCCCAUCUUCAAAAAACAAAACUAUGGCAGAAUUAUUAAUACCACAUCAAAUUCAGGAAUUUACGGCAAUUUUGGCCAAGCUAAUUACUCCGCUGCUAAAGCCGGUUUAAUCGGUUUGACUAAUACUUUGGCUAUUGAAGGUUCUAGAAAUAACAUUCAUUGCAAUUGUAUUGCUCCAACUGCUGCAAGUCGUUUGACUGAAGAUAUUCUUCCUCCAGAUAUUUAUAAUGAAUUAAAACCAGAAUUAAUUGCUCCAGUUGUGGCUUAUUUAUGUCACGAAAGUUGUACUGAAAACGGUUCUGUAAUUGAUUCGGCAGCUGGAUGGGCUGGAAAAGUUCAAACAUUCAGGUCUAGUGGAGCUCUUCUUAGAGGAAGCAUGAGCGCUGGUGUUACCAUUGAAAAUGUUAGGGAUAAUUGGAGUAAAGUGGUCGAAAUGGGUGGCGCUAAACAUUUGAGUAACAUCCAAGAAUGUACUUUGGAAUUAAUGAAUUCGUUAGAGAAGUUACGUGAAGGAAUUGGAUCAAAAUCUACUUCUCAAGACAGUUCAUCUGAUGAAACUGAAACGUUCACUUAUGAAGAGAAAGAUUUGAUUUUGUACGCUUUAGGAGUUGGAGCAUCUGUAACAACAGAAGAAGAAUUGAAAUUCCUUUAUGAAAAUCAUGAAUCCUUCGGCCCCCUCCCAGGUUAUUUCGUAUGUCCAGCUUUAACAGCCCUUUACAUGUCAAGAUUAACAACUUCUGCCGUUCCUGGAAAAGAAAUUUCUUUAGAACGUAUCCUUCAUGGUGAACAAUACUUAGAAAUCGUUGGAGAUUUAAAAUCAAGCGGAACUCUUCAUUCAAAAUUAAGCAUUUCCGAAGUUUUAGAUAAAGGAUCAGGCGCUUUAAUUGUUUAUCAAGUUGAUACUUAUGAUGAAGAAGGAAAACUCCUCUUCAAAAAUCAAAUUGCAAGUUUCGCUGUUGGUAGUGGAAAUUUCGGUGGUCCAAGAAGCGGCACAAAAUUAGUCCCAACUGCGGCUAAACCGACGAGAAAUCCUGAUGUAUCUCUCCAAUACAAAACCAGCGAUGAUCAAGCCGCUCUUUACCGUUUAAGCGGUGAUUUUAACCCACUUCACAUCGAUCCCAAUUUGUCGGCUUUAGGAGGUUAUGAAAAACCAAUUUUACACGGAUUGUGCAGUUUUGGUAUUUCGACCAGAUUAAUUAUGGGUGCUUUCGCGAAUUACGAUACCAGUUUAGUAAAAGCAAUUAAAUGCAGAUUUGUUAAACCUGUACUUCCGGGACAAACGCUUAAAGUAGAAAUGUGGAGAGAUGGAAACCGAAUUCAUUUCGAAACUUCCGUCGUUGAAACGGGACAAGUUUGUAUUGCAGGGGCUUACGUCGAUCUUAAAGAAGUAAAACCAUCAAUUAGAGGUAAUAAAAUGUCUGGAGCUGGUUUAGAAAGUGACGCAAUCUUCCAAUUCAUCAUUGACAAAGUUAAAGAAACCCCCGAAAAAGCUAAAAGUGUUAAUGGUGUCUUUUUGUAUAACAUCACUAAAGAUGGAAAAGUUGUUAAACAAUGGACAAUGGAUUUGAAAAAACCAAUUGUUUAUGAAGGUCCAGCUAAAGCUGGAACAACUGUUCAAACAACUGUAACUGUUUCUGAUGCCGAUUUCGUACAAAUGGCUACUGGAAAGUUGAACCCACAAGCUGCAUUCAUGAAAGGUAAACUAAAGGUAACCGGAAACGUUAUGUUGGCCCAAAAAUUGGGACCUUUACUUCAAACUGAAGCUAAAUUGUAAGAAUUUGAGAUAUUUUCUACUUUUAUAUUUGAUAAAAAAUCAUUAAAAAUAAGUGGAGAUGUAAGCUGUAUGAUACAUUUUUUGUGUCCAUUAUAUUUGUUUGGUGAUUAUGUUUUUUAUGCAAUUUUUUUGUUGGAAAUAAACCUAUAUUGUUAAUCUGUA